AUGGCCUCCAAACAAACCAAAAAGAAAGAGGUGCAUCGUAUCAACUCGGCGCACGGAUCGGAUAAAUCUAAAGAGCAGUACUACUUUGGCAGUAAUGUGCAACCUAGUUCCGUGGAGCAGAAGAAGGGGAAAUUCCCAAUCUGGCCAGAAUGGAGCGAGGCGGACAUAAACGCAGAGAAGUGGGAUGCAGGCAAAGGUGGAAAAGAAAAGGACAAAACAGGGAAAAGCCCUCUAUUUCAUUUUUUUGAAGACCCUGAAGGAAAGAUUGAAUUACCACCAUCGUUGAAAAUUUAUUCCUGGAAACGUCCACAGGAUUUUUUAAUUAAUCGGGCUCCAGUAGUUGUGAAAAAUGAAAUCCUGUUUGACUUGUUUUCAGCAAAUGAACAUUUACUCUGCAGUGAGCUGAUGAGAUGGAUUAUCAGUGAAAUCUAUGCAGUGUGGAAGAUAUUCAAUGGAGCUACUUUGAACAAUUACUUUAAAGGGAAUGCAGGGGAACCUCCUCCUCUCAGCUGGAAGCCCUGGGAACACAUCUACUCUCUGUGCAAGGCUGUGAAAGGUCACAUGCCUUUAUUCAAUAACUAUGGAAAGUAUGUCGUGAAACUUUACUGGAUGGGUUGCUGGAGAAAGAUAACUAUUGAUGACUUUCUGCCUUUUGAUGAAGACAACAAUCUUUUGCUUCCAGCCACAACCUAUGAAUUUGAACUCUGGCCAAUGCUUCUGUGUAAAGCUAUCAUUAAACUGGCAAAUAUUGACAUUCAUAUAGCGGAGAGGAGAGACCUAGGGGAGUUCACUGUUUUCCAUGCACUUACGGGAUGGCUACCAGAAGUGAUCUCUCUCCACCCAGGAUAUAUGGACAAAGUAUGGGAGCUCUUGAAAGAAAUAUUGCCUGAAUUUAAGCUGUCGGUUGAGUCCAGUUCUGAAAGCAAAAUAGCUGUGUUAGAUGCCAAAUUAAAAGAACCAGGGAAAGAAGUGAAGGAUGGCAAGGAAGUAAAGGAUGGCAAAGAAUUCAAACCUGAUAGUUCAGUGACAGCACUAAAGAUACCUGAGAAAAGUGACAAGGCUCCAAAGGAAAAAGCAGAUGCAAAAGAUGUUGGGAAGAAGAGGAGUAAAAAUGGAGAAAAAGAAAAGGAAAAAGAAAAAUUCAAAUGGUCACUUCAUGCUUCAAGACCAUCAUCAGAUGUACAGUACUCUCUGCAGUCUCUGUCAGAUUGUUCUUCAGCAAUACAGUCCCCUCACAUGGUUGUAUAUGCUACCUUUACACCCCUCUAUUUAUUUGAAAAGAAGAUCUUUGCAUUAGAAAAAAUGGCUAAUUCUGCAGAGAAGCUGAGAGAAUACGGUCUUUCCCACAUCUGUAGCCAUCCUGUGCUGGUAACUAGGACUAGGUCUUGCCCCCUCAUAGCACCUCCGAAAUCACCUCCUGUACCUCCCUGGAAACUCUUUCGUCAAAAAAAGGAAACUGUUAUAACAGAUGAAGCUCAAGAAUUAAUAAUAAAGAAGCCCGAACAAUUUCUUGAGAUUUCAAGUCCAUUUUUGAAUUAUAGGAUGACUCCAUUUACAAUUCCAACAGAAACUCAUUUUGUACAAUCUUUUAUUAAGAAAGGGAUGCCUCCAGGAUUUGAUUUAUCCUCCAUUACUGAAAAUGAUGAAACCACCACCAUUAGCCAGCCAGACUUAAGCCAAUUGACAGGAGAAGUAUCUCAGGGUAAUAUUAUUUCACAAGUUAUACUUGGAAAAGGUACAGAUGAACUGACAGACCUUGGGCUGAAUGACGCAGCCCAUCAAGGUGAAGGAUUUAGUUUGGAAAGAGAUUUGGUCAGCCAGACAACAGCCACACAGGAUAAAUCACAGGAGGAGUUUGGAACAAUAAAUAAUAGUGUUUCUAAAGAAAUAUGGUUGGAUUUUGAAGACUUCUGUGUAUGUUUUCAGAACAUAUAUAUUUUUCACAAGCCAAAUUCAUAUUGCCUUAACUUUCAAAAAACAGAAUUCAAGUUCUCAGAUGAACGUGUGUCCUACUAUCUAUUUGUGGAUAGUCUAAAACCUAUUGAACUACUGGUUUGCUUUUCUGCAUUGGUACGAUGGGGAGAAUCUGGAGCUUUAACAAAAGACAGCCCCCACAUAGAGCCUGGACUGCUUACAGCUGAAUCAGUUUCUUGGAAAUCUCUGAAGCCCCGGGAACUUGUUACGAAGAUUCAUACGUAUGCUACUAAGGCUACAAUGGUUCGCCUGCCUGUUGGGAGACAUAUGCUGCUCUUCACUGCAUACUCCCCAGUAGGGCAUUCCAUACACAUCUGCAGCAUGGUGACUUUUGUCGUUGGAGAUGAAGAUGUUGUGCUACCCCACUUUGAGCCGGAGAGCUACCGAUUUACAGAGCAGUCUCUAACGAUUUUGAAAGCUGUUGGAAAUGUGAUUGUUAGUUUCAAAGAUAAGGGUAAACUCUCCGUGGCUCUGAAGGAUUUACAAGCAGCUCACUACCCUACACCCCUCCACAAUAAAGAACUAACUUCACAGCACUUCAGGGUUUUUCAUAUUUCUUUAUGGCGUUUAAUGAAAAAAAUUCAACCAACAAAACUUCCUCCCAACUUUAAAUUUGCAUUUCGUGCUAUGGUUUUGGAUUUGGAGUUACUCGAUUUCUCCUUAGAAGAGGUUUCUUUAGCGGAAUGGGUCGACAUUAAAUACUGCCUACCAGUAAGUGAUAAAGAAUAUUCUCCUGAGGAAGUAGGAGCAGCAAUUAAAAUUCAAGCCAUGUGGAGAGGGACUUAUGUCAGAUUGCUUAUGAGAGCUAGAACACCAGACACAAAGGAAAAUAACAGUGUUGCAGAUAUUCUUCAAAAAGUUUGGAGUAUAUUGGAACUGAAUAUAGAACAGUAUGCAGUUUCUCUCUUAAGACUAAUGUUUAAAAGCAAGUGCAAGUCUAUUGAAUCUUACCCAUGCUAUCAAGAUGAAGAAACUAAGAUUGUUUUUGCUGACUAUACUGUGACUUAUGCAGACCAGCCACCAAAUAGUUGGUUUAUACCAUUCAGAGAAACAUUUUUGGUUCCUCAAGAUAUGAUCUUGGUUCCCAAAGUAUAUACUACACUCCCGGUCUGCAUGCUCCACAUUGUUAAUAAUGACACAAUGGAACAAGUGCCAAAAGUGUUCCAAAAAGUGGUGCCUUAUCUUUAUACCAAGAAUAAGAAAGGCUACACAUUCGUGGCUGAAGCAUUUACUGGUGACACAUAUGUUUCGUCCUCACGAUGGAAACUGCGCCUCAUUGGUUCCUACAAUCCACUCCCAUGCCUAUCUCGAGAGUUUCCAUGCAAUACCUUCACCAUAAAGGAAAUCAGAGAUUACUACAUACCCAAUGAUAAGAAAAUUUUAUUCAGGUAUUCCAUUAAAGUUGCUUUACCGCAUCCUGUUACUGUACAGGUACGCACGUCCAAACCAGAUGCAUUCAUCAAGCUACAGAUCUUAGAAAAUGAAGAAAUUAUUGUCAGUUCCACUGGGAAAGGGCAAGCUAUAAUCCCAGCAAUUAACUUCUUGGGGAGUGAAAAAGUUGUGAGCUCCCAGUCUAGCAAACAAAUUCUUUUAAUGCAUGCUUCAUCCAAGAAAGAGCAAGAAUUGUACAUCAAGAAGAAAUCUGCGCAGGGAAGUCAGAAAUCCUAUAAGGGUAGACCUGCAAGUGCAGCCGUAGACACUGGGCAGCCCAUUAUGGAGGAGGAAACUGCCAGUAUGCCCACCAUAGAAGAAAAUGCUAGCACUCCACAGCAGGUCAACAAGUAUAUUAUACAGUGUUUGGUAUUGUAUAACAGUUGGCCUCUCACUGAAAGUCAGCAGACAUUUGUUCAAGCACUAAAAGAAUUGGAGAAAAAUGAUAGUAAAGCUCAUGGAGAGAAACAUGAGGAAUUAGUUACUUUGGGAAGCCCAGAUUCUCAUACUAUCAGUGAGGGGCAAAAAUCUUCAGGAACUUCCAAAACAACAAGAAAAGGCAAAGAAAAGUCUUUGGAGAAAGACAAGACAGCCAAAGAAAAACAAGCCCCUCGCUUUGAGCCUCAGAUAUCCACUGUUCACCCUCAACAAGAAGACCCAAAUAAACCCUACUGGAUUUUGAGGUUGGUCACUGAACACAAUGAAGCAGAAUUUUUUGAAGUGAAAAAAGAUACAGAACGAGCAGAUGAAAUCCGAGCCAUGAAGCAAGCCUGGGAGAUAACCGAGCCAGGAAGAGCUAUCAAGGCUUCCCAGGCUCGCCUGCGUUACCUCAGCCGGUUCAUUAAGAAAAUACCGGAUGCAGAAGGCAUGCCUGUGUCUGACAGCCAAGCCAAAGUGCUGGAGGAAGUUGAAAUGUCCUCAAGUGCCACAAAAGAGUCGGACACAAAGGGUUCCAUGAGUUCUGAGAGCAAAGAUGUCAUACCAUCGGGGAGUAUGCUGUGGAAGAAGUGGCAAAUGGGCAAGGGCUUGAAGGAUCUGUCCAAGUCAGGGAGCAGCGAAAGUGGAGGAAUGUCCCCAGCAGGGAAGGAGGAGCAGAGUUCUAAGACUUAUUUUUUUUUAACAGGGCCUCGUUCACGAUCCCCAACAAUUUUGGAAACGUCUCCACGACUUAUUCGAAAAGCGCUAGAAUGUGUAAAUUUAACUCAGUAUGUACGAAAAACGAUAGACAACGACCCUGUGCUACAAACAGAGGAAUUGAACCAGCAGCAGGCAAUGCAAAAGGCAGAGGAGGUUCAUCAGUUCCGUCAGUAUAGGACCAGAGUCCUCAGCAUUCGAGACAUUGACCAAGAGGAACAGCUCAAAGUAAAAGAUGAAAUCCUGGAGAUGUAUGGGGAGAUGCGGGACUCUUUAGAUGAAGCCCGACAGAAGAUCUUUGAUAUCAGGGAAGAGUAUAGAAACAAGUUGCUGGAAGCUGAGCGCCUAAGAUUAGAAGCUCUGGCUACGGAGGAAGAAACAAGUCCGGUGGAGCCAGAGAAGAAGACGCUGGCUCCAGACACACAGAAAAAAAAGAAAGGGAAGAAAAAGUAACUAGCAGUGCCCAAUACUCACCGCCUUCUUCUGGAGAGGAAAGCCCUUAUUUUUUCUUUCUUUUUUUUCUUUUCUUCUCCUUCCUUCCUUCCUUUGUUCCUUCUUUCCUUCUUUCCUUCCUUUUUUUUUGUGUGAUCUAUAACCUUCCCUACUGAUAAGGUACUAGGUUUUCCUUCUUAGAAUGAGUUCCUGUGUUAUAAUGUUCAUUUGUUGGUUUCUCUCAGAAAACUAUCAUUUGAGUAGCCAUUGGAGUUUCAAUUUUUCCAAUUUCAAUAAAAAGUGCCUCAAAAUAUUUAAAAUGCAAUAACAUUGAUGUGUCUCCCUCUGAAUUGCUGCAUUUU